CCGAAGCGCCUCCCUCAGGCACCGGCCGCCCGGCGCCCCUCACCGUUCUCGCCCUUGCAGGGCUGCCCGCUCUGAGGGGGUGUUGGCGGUUAACCAUGUAGCGCCGGGUCGCAUGGAGCSUCCCAGCUGAACGUUGCAGGGCGUAAACACUUAGGAGGCUCCACUAGCACGUGGCGGGAGCCUGGUCCCCAAACCCCUAUGAAUUCAUCACUGCCACGCUCUGCUUCGCCCCAGAAACUUAGCCCCAGCUUUGAGAACAGCACCAUUCAGAAACAGAGGCAUGAACUGCAGCUUUUAAUUGCAGAACUGAAGGAUCGUGAGAAGGAGCUCAAUGACAUGGUUGCAGUGCACCAGAGACAGCUGCUGGCCUGGGAAGAGGAUCGGCAACGAAUGCUGACCUUAGCAGAACGGUGCAACAUCCUAGAAAAUGAGCUGCAUAAGAGAAAUGAAAUAAUAAAAACACUAACCAAAAGGGUAAAGCUCUUAGAAUCUCAGCAGAAUGACAGUAAGACAACCCUUGAACAUACAGAGCAGAAGUUUAAAGAGCUCUCUCAAAAAGCAACAGACACAACUCUUCACUGCCAGGUGCUGGAGGAGAAAAAUCAAAAUCUCAACUGCUCAGUGUUGGAACUGUCUGCUAAAAUAGGCCAGCUGCAGGCCAGGGAGCAGGAGCUUCUUACUAUGCUCAAGUURAAGGACAAGGAUAUACUUGAAGCAACUGAUCACAUCACUGAAUUUACAUCAAAAUUCAAACAGUUGGAGAGUGCACUGCGUGCUGCUAAGUCAGAGGAAUUCAGUAUCAACAAAGAAAAGCAGGACUUCAAACUGAGACUGAAAGAACUACUGCUYGAAACAAAUAAGCUGAAAGAUGACCUUUGUGAAAAGAUGAAGGAAAAUAAUGACCAGCGGGAAGAAAUCAUGCACCUCAAGCAAGAGAAUGGCUACCUGAAGAAUGAGCUUGCACUUACUGUUGAGAAAGCAAAUAGAAAGGAGCAACUUCUUCAGUUUGCCAGAUCUAAACAAGUACGGACUGAUACAGAACUAUCAAGUUUGCGGCAGAUUUAUGUAAAACAGCAACGUGACUUGCAAUUUCUCCAUUUCAAUUUGGAGAGUUCACAGGAAUUAAGGCAAAAGCAUGAAAAGAAGACACAUGAAAUACGCACAGGUGUGGCAUUCCCUGCCCCUGAAAGUAGCAGUGAAGCACAGCCUGUUAGGAGUGAGGGCAGCGUAUGCGAGGAAGGUGGAACUGCACAGGCUCAGCAGUGUAGGCUUAAAACCAUCCCUGAGGUGUGUGAAGAAGAGAACAGACUGUUACUGAAUGCAUCAGACUUGGAGAAAGCUACCUCAGCACACUUAAAUCGGUGUCAAAAAGUUGUGAAAGGCUUGGCUGUCUUCAUGGAAGAAGAGGAAAAGCAGGAUGUUGCGUCAAGCUCCRAUGAGCCAGGCAGCCAAGUAUUUUGUGGUACAAACAGCACAUGGCCUUUGAGAAAUUGGGAAAUUUCCGAGAGUGGUUUGGAAAGUGGAGACCAUCAAACCGUUGAGUCGGCUUUACCUGUGUGUGAGCAUUGGCCCAACUUCAGUUCUUGUGUAGAAUCACAAAGUACUUCCAUCCAGGACACUAUCAAAUCUGACAAAACUGAUAACGAUGAUAAAAACUGGGAAGAGAGAAAUGGAAUUUUAUGCCGCUCAAAAAGCGGAGAGAUGCUUAAUAUAGUUCACAAGCCUGAAUCUGAUUCCUGUAGUAAUAACUUCAUCAUAAAAAAAGCUGCAUGGUGGAAGCCCAUAUCAGAUCUGGAAUGGAUGAAGAUUUUCAAACCCAUAAAAGGAAGUGGAAAUACAUGGCACAGAAAACCUUGCAACUGUCUGAAGAUUGCAGAAGAGAAAAAGUGUGCCAGCCCCGUAAGUGAAGGAAAUGCAGAGCUGCAUUCUUUUCACUUGGAUUCUCCCUGUUUGACAUCCACUCAAAACGGAGUCUGUGAUGCAGACUUCCCUCCGGAGAUGGGGAACCUCUCAGYAAUUCAGCCAAGCAACAAAUGCUGCCAUCCUACUGUUGACCAAGAGGCCUGUUCCGGCACAAAUAAGCUGCAGCAUUUGCUGGCUGAGUCCCGACAGAUGGUUGCUGAUCUGGAGCUUAGCUCUCUCCUCCGCACAAGCCCUCGUCGCAGUCCAAACAGCAGCAGCCUUAAUACGACAGCAGAGCUCGCAGAGGCUCUUUGCAGAUCACCGUUGCCAGCUGCAGAAGAAAGCGAGGCUAAACUCCCAUUCUUUUCCCUGUGAUCUUGAUGAAUGGAGAUGUUUCCGUUAUAGAAUCAAUUUGAGGACUGAAGACUAUCAACCCACCAGCUACCAUGGAAAGUUACCUAACGUAUGUUUUGUUUGAAAGAUUCACGAGCACCAGAAAGAUGCGACUAUGCUGGAAUGUUUUACAUCUUGAAAUAAACCUUACAAUUAUGCCAAGAUAAAUAACACUUUUUAUAGUUGAGAACUUAGCUUAAACACUAGUUUGUUCUUUUAGAAUCUAAAAUGUGUAAUUGUUACGACAUAGGAACUAUUUUUCUUACCUUUUUUUUUAUGAUGGCUCAGAAAUAUUUAUAGUGCAUGACACAGCCAAGAGUCCAUUUUUGGCUAGUUUAUUGUUUUUCCUCUGAGGCUCUUACCAUGUAAAGAGAUAUGAA